UUGUAAACAAACAAUAUAAACGUCAUUUGCCAUGGUCAUUCCUUCAAUUUGUUGUAAAAAAUUUGGUAGUUGUUUUGUGGUAAUUUUUUAAGAAUGACGGAACGAAAUGAUAUUUGUACAUUGAGAGUUCUCCACUUGCCACCUGGUCUCCCAGAUGAAAAACGGGACGAACUGUUCAAACUGUAUGGAGCAGUGAAAACCAGAACAGUUAGAAGAUCAGCAAAGUAUACAACGACGUUUGUUGAAUUUACGUCAAAAGAACAUGCAGAAGAGGUAUUUUUGAGGCUGCAUCAGCUGCCAGUCAAGGGCAGAAGGCUUUCGAUUGAAUAUGCCAAAAGAAAUAUAUCAGAUAACAAGGAAAAUGAUGAUGUUGAUGAAGAGGCUGCCAAAAAAGAGGCUGAGCUGGCAAAACAAAAAGCUAAUUUUAAAGAGUUUAUCAAUAAAUUGAACACUUGGACUCCCCAUGGUAUGUUGUCUCAGCCAAUACCACCUAAUUUGGCAUACAAGUACCCAGCUCCAACAAAAAUGACUCUUCUAAGGAUAGCCAUACAAUUGAAAAAGGAACCUGCCUUUUAUACUCAGGUUUUGCAUUUGAUGAACAAAAUGUGCUUACCGCCUCCAUUUGAAGGUUUGGAGAAAGAAUAUCCUCAGCUUAAAGAAUUUUACGAUAUGGAAAAUUAUAAGGAUUUGUUUGAUAUUACAAUUGUAUCCCCGGCUGCAGAAGGUACUUCGUCACAAGAAAUUGAAAAAAGUGACCACGAGGAAGAAGAAUCGGAAAUCGAAUCGGAUGAGGAGAGUCCCACUGGUCCAAAAAUGAUAAUUCCAGAAAAGCGGAAAAAGCUACAAUCCAAAAGGCCUCUUAAAAUUCCCAAGUUCAUUGAUCCUCGCAAACAACUCACAGUACCAACUACUAAUACUCAAAAACAUAAGCCAAAGGAUGUAUUUGAAAGUGUGACUGAUAAACCUAAUACCAAGCGAAAAAUUGACGUUAAGAUUUUGGCUGAAACAGCUAACAAACCUGAAGAUCAAAUGCCAUUUGUGAUACAACCAAGCGAUAAAGCUGAAGGCUUUGGUCUUAUAUUUCCAAGAAAAGAUGACGACCAGGAGCAUGAUAAAGAUAAGGAAAAACCAGAGUUCAUUAGUACAGAGGAGUUACAUAAUAACAAGAUUACUACUCAUGAUCAAAGACUAUUGCCUGUUUUCAAGAAUUAUCAUCCUGGAAAACCUUCUGCUCGUCUUUACAUUAAAAACCUUGCCAAACAAGUAGAAGAAAGCGAUUUACACUUUAUUUACAAGCGAUACGUAUUACCAAGUUCUAGUGGAACUGAAUCAGAAUACAAUGUUCGACUUAUGCAAGAAGGAAGAAUGAAAGGUCAAGCAUUUGUGACACUUCCAAACGUUGCCCAAGCUCAAUUAGCACUUGACGAAACUAAUGGAUACAUUUUGAAGGAGAAACCAAUGGUGGUUCAGUUUGCAAAAGUUUCUAAAUAAGUAAUGUAAAAAUUUAAGUCUAUUUGUAAAUACUUAUUUUUUAUAAAAAAAUGUACAUAAAAGUGGAGUU